UCGAGCGAGAAAUGCGAUCGUGAAAGUUUCCCCAGACCGGAGCGAGUCCCUCCCUGCUUUGUUUGCAUUCAGGCGUCGCUUCAGGAAGCCGCAGCCGUGCGAGAAGAGAAGCCGGCUCCGGUCGACUUGAGCUGUCCCCAGAAGACUAAGAUGACGACGCGCACGCAGACGGCGGGCGUGAUGCUGGGCCUGCUGGGCCUGCUGGGCACGGGCCUGGUCUGCGGCCUGCCCGCGUGGAAGGUGUCGGCUUUCGUGGGCGCCGACAUCGUGACGGCGCAGGUCUUCUGGGAAGGCCUGUGGAUGAACUGCGUGAUCCAGAGCACGGGCCACACGCAGUGCAAGGCCUACGACUCGGUCCUGGCGCUGCCUCGGGACCUGCGGGCCUCCAGGGCGCUGGUGUGCGUGUCCCUGGCAGUGGGCGCGUUGGCGUUGGGCCUGAGCGUGCUGGGCGCCCGCUGCACGUCCUUCCUGCGCCACGAUUGGCCCACCAAAAACAACGUGGGCCUGUCUGCGGGCGCGGCCUUCGUGGCGGCCGGCGUCCUGUGCCUCGUCCCCGUCAGCUUGUCGGCCCGCGCCAUCGUCGUAGGGUUCUUCGACCCGCUGCCGUCGGAGGAGCGGCGCGGGGAGCUGGGCGCCGCCAUCUACGUGGGCUGGGCCUCGGGGGCGCUGCUCGUCAUCGGCGGGGCGCUCGUGUGCUCAGCGUACACGUGCUGACGUGUGCGUCAUGUCGACCCCACGGACACGCACUCAACUUGUUGUUUUUUGCAGCUUUUCCUACAUUUGUAUCUUUGAUGAGAAUUGUAGCAUCAAAUUGUUUUUGGACAAGAAGGAGAGCAGCAGUUGAAUCUUGUGAUCUAGCUCUGGGGGGGUCAAAGGCCACGGAGAAUCCCUCCCGAUACACGAGACGGGUACACCGUAGCGCGCCAUGAACUGUAGUGAGUCGGCCAUGUUGUGGUGCGUAAAGGUUAGCCCCUAAAUUGUGCCCUCCGUGUAUCCCACAAUGCACCUUGAAAAGUAGUCAACAACAAUGGUCACUAUAUUUCCCAUGAUGCACUGCAGCCACACAGAAAAAUGAUUUUCCGUUUUCGGGGUAUUGUUUGAUUUUUUUUUUUGGCACAGGAUAAAUUUGUGAGUUGUUGGGCAAAAAUAUGUUGACUAUAAAUGGGCUUCACAGUCACCCAUUCACACACACGUUUACACAUUCGCCCAUUCACACACCCGUGGGCGGCCGCUGCCACGCAAGGCGCUGCCAGGCCCACUGGGAACAAAUUAGGGUUCAGCGUCUUACCAAGCGGACAGUCAGAGCAGCCAUUUGAAACGGCGACCCUUCGGUCACUGGACCAACUGAGCCAGAAAUUGUAUGACUCGUAAAUUAAAGAUUAUUGUGAGCUUCGCUGCCCUUCUACUUUGCAGUGAAAAGGGUUACACCAAACUUGAAUUGGGUUAAGCUCUUUUUUGUCACUUUUGGUGAUGAAUGUGUUUCAAUUAAUUAUUGAAAUUUGAAGACAAGAGAGUGUGGGUAAAUAACAAGCAGUGAAAUGAAUAAAAUGAAAAUGCUGCAGUUUCUCCUCCAGGUCACGAGGGGGCGCCAAACGAAA